AUGGCAAGAAAUGGUCAAGGUGCCGAGGUGGGGGGCGCGUGGUCUUGCUGCCUGCCGUGCGCCAGUGGCGGCGGGGGUGGGGGUGGUGCAGCUGUCUCGGGGGCCACCCCCGAGGCCAAGAAGGGCUCCACCGGCCACAAGUGCCAGCAGCAACAGCAGGCGAGCCAGCAGCCGCAACAGCAGCAUCAGCAGAAGCAACAGGAGAAGGAUCAGCAGCAACAACAGAAGAAAAUAGUGGCGGUCGUGCAGACCAACGAAUUGGCACCUUUGAGCAAACUGGACGAGGACCUGGACGACCUUGAGGACGAGAAGGGGCCCGAGCAGAGGGCCGAGGAGGAGGACUUCGCCAAGGAGGGUGGCACCCAGCACCGCUUGAGCCCCAGGCUGCACGACAUCGAGGAAGAGGACGAUGAAGACGGCCGAAACACCAAGGAAAGGCCGUACCAGAAGAAAUCGCCGACCCCAAGUGGCGGUGGAGGCAGCAGAACGGGUUGGCGAUCGCGCAGAAGCAUCACCACGGCAGGUGCACCGGCUCAUCAGCACCACGUGAUCGCCAGUGCAGCUGCAACUGCACAGGCCAGGAUGCAGGCUGAACAGGGGAGCAUCGGUGAGCUACGGGGCUACCACAACCUUAGGUCCAGAAGACACACUUUGGCCAACGUUCGAAUGGGUGCUUCUUAG